ACAAUUAAAAUCUAGGCAAUUCCACGAGCCAAACAAACCUUUACCAACCGCGAUUUACAGGGAACACUGGCACAGCAAAAACAAACCCAACUCGUUCCCGCGUGUGAGCACUGAACAGAGAAGCUCGACCAACAAUGGCGCGAGGGAAGGCGAAGAAGAAGGAAGAAGGUGAAGACACAGAUGUGACAAACCCAGAAACCAUAGAGCGGAAGAGGCUCAAAUCCUUGGCCAUUUCCCACAACAUUCUCUCCGAGAUCCCUGCCCGGAGCUCCGUCCACCUCAACCCUUCCUCCGUCGUGGCCAAGCACCACGGCAAAGACAUCAUCAAAAAGUCUCAGAGGAAGAGCAGCAGGUACCUGUUUUCGUUUUCCGGUCUAAUUGCUCCCAUUGCCGGUGGCAAGAUCGGUGAACUCAAGGACUUGGGCACCAAAAACCCCGUUCUCUACCUUGAUUUCCCCCAGGGUCAAAUGAAGUUAUUCGGGACCAUUGUAUAUCCAAAGAACAGAUACCUGACUUUACAGUUCUCUAGAGGCGGAAAGGGUGUAAUGUGCGAGGAUUAUUUUGAUAACAUGAUUGUAUUUUCGGAUGCAUGGUGGAUCGGGAGGAAAGAUGAAAACCCAGAAGAAGCCAAACUUGAAUUUCCUAAGGAAUUGUAUGAGGGACCCCAAGCUGAAUAUGACUUUAAAGGGGGUGCAGGUGCCGGUGCAACUUCUGUAGUUAAUCACGAUGUUCCCAGAACCAGGAUUCAACGUGUAGAGCAAGAGUCACCAAAGACACCCACUGAAGAUGAUUUGUCAGACAGUGAAGUCAAUUUAGAAGAUACAAAGGAAUCGGUCCCUGUUCGGCAUUCAGCAAGAACUGCAAGAAAAUCUUAUAAAUUUGCUGAAAUUUCUUCUGGUGAUGAUUCUGGUGAAAACAGCCCUGACCUUUCGGAACAUGAAGAGAAAGCAGCAGAAGUUGAUAAUUCUAUGCAGAAAAAAACUGUAGUUUUUGACCUUGAUAAUAAGGAUGAUGCACCAGUAGAUCAACUGGCCGUGGAAAAUAAUGAGUCUGCUUCUCGUUCAAAAUGUAAAAAAGUGUCUCAAUCUCCUUCAGCCAGUGCAUCUACUGAAGUUAAGUCCAGUAAUCGUGGUUCACUUGUUCAGGCUACUAUAUCCACAUUAUUCAAGAAAGUGGAAGAAAAGAAGACUCCAAGAAACUCAAGGAAAUCUCCAUCAAAAGCAUCUGGGAAGAAGUUGCAGCCUGCUGGUUCAAAAAGAAAGAUUGAUCUGGAUGAAGGAUCCAAGAAAAGGGCAAGAAAGACCAAGGACAAAGAUCCUGGUGGAAAAAACAAGGCAAAAAGCAAGGCAUACGAUGUCGAAGAUGAUGGUGAUGAUGACAUUGAAGAAUUUUCAAAUGCUUCAGAGGAUAAUGAUGAUGAAAGCGACGAAGACUGGGCUGCUUGAGAGUGAUCUAAGUUGUGGUUGCUAGGCACAAGAAAUGACAAGGCAAGUUGAUGCAAGUGAUGUGAUAAUGCCCCUUUGUCUCACCAGUCACCAAGAUAGACCAAACCAAAUGCAAUGAGUUAGCUUUGUAUACCCCAUUACCUUGGUGCAUGUAUGAAUGUGAGAAUAGAUGUAAUAUCCUGAGGUUAUGAUGGAGAAAGAAUGAAAUUUAUUCACUGUUUA